AUGAAUUCAAAUAAUACCCCUUUUAAUGGCCAAAAUUCUACUCAUUACCCUUUUAACUACCCAAAUUCAAGAAACUAUAGUUUUCAAAAUCAAUCUUCCAACCAACAAAGUCCCCAAAAUAUACCAAAUUAUGGAUUUCCUCCAAAUGUCAUCAUGUCGUCAUCUAAUCAAAAUUAUUGUCCAUAUUAUGGAUCAAUAAUGUCAUAUUCAUCUCAAGCACCCCCUUAUUAUUCUUCUAAUCCAAUGGAAAAAGAAAAUUUUCAUAAUGUUAGACUUGAUGAAUUUUCUAAACUUUUUACACAAAUGGAUCUUAGUGGCACAAGCGGUGGUCAUGAAGCCACUCCAAAUGCAGAGGAUUCAACUCCAUCUUGCCGAAAAAGCCCUAAAUGGACCACUGGCUCAAAAUUUAGUUCUAUUAGUGAAUGGAUUAAAUAUGGAACAAACAGUGUUGUAGAAAUCAAAAAAGUGAUUCAUAUUGGGGUAAAAUUGUUGAUUAGUGUAAUGAGCAUUGCUUAUUUGAUCCUCCCCGUGAUGGAGCUAUCUGCAGAAAUCAUUACAACUAUAUGA